AUGAUGAUUCCCAUGAUGAUGAAUCCCAUGAUGAUGAUUCCCAUGAUGUUGAUUCCCAUGAUUCCGAACAGCAGCAGCAUCCACAUAAACACCAACCACAAGCGCCAGAAUCGCUUCACACAGUUAAUGGACCGCCUGCCACUGGGAGGCAAACUGGUCACACCGGGGGCGCCACAAAACCAGAAUCAGAAUCAGAACCAAAAUACAAGUCCGAAUCAGAAUCAGUAUCAGUAUCAGAAUCAACCAUCAAUGUCGCCGUCGAUGAGCAGCCUGAAUCCCAGCAUCUCGCAGCUGGAGGUGACUUCUGUGGGCGACAAUCGUCGUAGCAACGCGAGCUUUCUCAGCGAGGAGCUGUUCCUGGACAUGGAGACCGGCGAGGAGUUCCAUGAUCCGCACAGGUAG